GCCGCCCGCCUGCGCGACUCCCGCGGGAGAACCAAAUGCGAUUCCCCGGCCGCCCCGCGGGAGUUAGAGUCGCCUAGUUCUUCACCCCUUCCAGAGGCGUGUCUGCUCAAUCAAGUCAAAUACUGAACAACUUCCUGGCGGAGAGGCUGAGAAUUUUAUACUUGCUUGCUCUAAAGCACCCCAAAUAAGAUGAUCCACUCCAACACCUCCCCUUUACAGGUUUUAAAAUAUUCUUAUAGCUAUGACUGAAAACAAGACAGUUUCCUCUUCUUCCACUAGAGAUGAUCAAACCAAUAUAGGUUUAACAUGUAAGGAAGUAAAAGCUCUCAGAGAGAAGGCAUGGUCAAGGACAAAUGAAGGCAAUGCCACGUCUCAAAGUUUGGUUCUAUAUGGAGCCUCUAAGGAGAACAGUGAAGGUUUUCAUGAAAGUAAAAUGACAAAUACUGAAGGGGUGAGUAAAGGCAUUUACUUUAGCUACCCAUGUCGACGUCACAGCUGUGCCGUAGUAAACAUCCCAGCACCUUGUGUCAACAAAAUGAUUUCACACAUCCAAGAUGUGGAGUCCAAAAUACAGGAGCAUUGGAAAAGGUUUGAAACUUCUUUUGAAGAAUGGAACAGAACUUCUUCCACAAAAGACCUGAAAGAAGAUUGGAGUGUAACUACACCAGUGAAAGAGGUCAAACCAGGAGAAAAGAGAGAUGAAAAGUGUCCAGAGUUAAAGCAGGAAAUGGAAACAUUGCUCUCAGAGGCCAUUCAUCUCGUUAAAAGUCUAGAAACUGACCGGGCAGAAGCUGAAGAAGCUUUAAAACGACAGAGAUCAAGAAAGAAUAUGAUUAACAUGAAAAUUGACUCUUGGUCAGUCUGGAAACUUCAAGAACUCCCAUUGGCUGUGCAGAAAGAACACGAGGCCUAUUUGAGCGAUGUUAUAGAAUUACAGUGGCAUCUUGAAGAUAAAGCUAAUCAACUACAACAUUUUGAAAAACAAAAGACAGAGUUAGAAGAGGCAAAUGCAAAGAUUCAAGCAGACAUAGACUACAUGAAUGAACAUGGCCCUCUACUGGACUCUAAGCGGAAUCAGGAACUUCAAGAUCUGAAGAACCGUUACAAAAAAAAAAUGGAGGUAAUGGACCUACACAGAAAAGUUAAUGAAGAACUUGAAGAAGCUUUAGAAGCCUGUGAAAAUGCCAGAUUGAAGGCUCAGCAAAUUAAAGAAGAGAUGGAUAAAGAUAUUUACCAGGAUGAAAAAACCAUAGAGGCCUACAAGAGAGAGAUAUAUCAACUUAACAGUCUAUUUGAUCAUUACUCUUCAUCAGUGAUAAAUGUUAAUACUAAUAUUGAGGAGAAGGAAGAGAAAGUGACUGAAGCAAUAAGGGAAACAAAGUCAUCAAAAAAUGAAUUACAUUCUCUAUCAAAAACACUGGAAGAUUUGAGAAGAGUUUAUGACCAACUAACCUGGAAGCAAAAAAGUCAUGAAAAUCAGUAUCUGGAAGCAGUUAAUAAUUUUUAUGCUGCAAAAAAAACAUGGGAUAUUGAGCUUUCUGAUGUUGCAAAAGAUUUUUCAGCUAUUUCUUUGGCAUCUACAAAACUGACGGAAGACAAUAAAAAACUUGGGAUUGAUAUUAACAAAAUAACAGAAAAAAUCAAUGAAAGUGUAAGGAAAAAAUCAAAAUAUGAAUCUGAAAUAAAAUCUUUGACAAUAAUGAAGUUAAAGAAUGAUAAACAUCUCAAGAACAUCUAUAAGGAGGCUUAUCGCGUCGGUACUCUUUUCCACCUAACCAAACACAAGACAGAUGAAAUGGAAGAUAAAAUAGCAGAAGUGAGAAGAAAGUUCAAGGGUAGAGAAGAAUUCCUGAAAAAACUCACUCGAGGUGAAGUGGCUGCUGGAAUGGUGCUUCAGGAAAAACUAUAUUCCAUUUACGAAGUCCAGGCACUUGAGCGGAAAGAGCUUAUAAAAAAUAGAGCAAUAUGUGCCAUAUCACUGGCAGAACUACAGGAACCUCUGCUUCAACUAGAAGAUGAAGCUGAAAGAAUCAGAACUCUCUACAAAGAACAUUCUGUUAUGCUUGAUAAUAUAAUUGAUCAGAAAGAUCUUAUUAGAAGAAAGGUAGAAAAAGUAAAGAAAAAAUUACGAAAAAAGAGGAAGAAAACCCUUGAUGCACUAAUAGAAACUGAGAGUAAACGCUCAGCGAUUUUUAAAGACCUAGAAGCAACUAAAAGUAAGACAAUGAUUUUUUAUGCAAAAAUAAAUGAAUUGAAUGAGGAAUUAAAAGCAAAAGAAGAAGAAAAGAAAAGUUUUGAUCAGACACUUAAAAUAUUAAAGAACAAAUUUAUAACUAUGAGAUUUAAAAGGGAACAUGCACAAACUGUGUUCGAUCAUUAUAUGCAAGAGAAAAAAGACUGUGAAGAGAGAAUCUUUGAGGAAGAUCAGAGAUUUAGAGUGCUCCUUGCUGUAAGACAAAAAACUCUUCGAGAUACCCAAAAAAUAGUAGCUGAUUCACUU